CUCUCUCUCUCUUAAUUGAUUUGCUUUUUCUCUCUCUAUUUCCAUUAACAUAAUUAUUUUAUACUGUUCAUUUGUUGUGCCUUUGGGUUGGAAUUUGAUGCAUCAUUGCUGUUUGUUCAAAGUAUCCCCACAACUUGUGUUCUUUUCCAUUUUUUCGUAAUACCCAAUUCAACGAAAUCAGGAUUUGAUGCUCUUCUCUUGGGUGUGUACUGUCUCUCUCUAUAUUAUCCAAUUUUAGGGCACUGCAAUUCCUUCGCAUUUGAUUCUUCUGUUAUGCUCUUUUGAGAUACAGCAACCCAUCCCUGAGAAUCCUAAACAGGGUUUGUGUCCAUUUCCUCCGAAAAAAAAAAAGAAAUGGAUUCUUGGUUCUGUGAUUCCAAAGACUUGAUUUUGUUCUAUACCCACCAUUUUCCUUGGUCUAUAUUCAUCUGGGCUGGUCUUUGAAAUGCCAAAUCUUUCCACUUUCUUGAAGCUGAAGAGAUCGAUUGAAAAUUUCUAUAUUUUCUCAGACAGUCACUUGGGUCUCAAAAGGGAAUCUUCUUUUGCCCUGUUAAGCCUUGUGACCUGUAACUUAGCUUGAAUCCAUGGUUUGAUUUCACUUUAUGCUCUGAAAGUUCUCGCCUUUCCUCUGUCUAUUGAUUAGUGUAUCUCUAUCUUUGUUCUUGUCGUUUGACUUGAGUGAGAAUAGGGCAUUGUUCGCUUCUGCUACAUUUGAUUUGAUUCUCUAUUGUUUUGGAUUUCUUUUUUUUUUAAAUUUAAUUCGCUCUUUUUGUGUCAAUGGGGCAGCUUCAUUUUCUUCUCAUUUUAGUCCCAUCGACCAGUCUAUAAAAAGCUUCACUUGCUCCUUGUCAAGUCUUGCAAGCAAUCAUCCCAACUUUUGAAACACAGUUCCUUGAAAGAGAUAAUUUUUGGGGUUAUAUCUUUAGGGUUUCUAGGGCUUUAGCUACUGAAUUUAGAAGAAUGGAUGGUGAAAUUGGGUCUAAGCAUGGAGAUGAAACAGGGAUUUCAGAAGUUGAUAUGAUAUCAAUGCCCUUUUACACAAAGGCGGAUCCAUUCUUCCCUUCUGCAGAUUGGGAUCAUGUUGUGUCUGCAAUGGUCUCAAGCAAUGGCCUCUCAAGUUCCCAUUGCAUUUCUUUGGUAACAGACAAUCAAGAAAUGAGUAGUAGCUUUGCUCAUUAUGAAUCGGGUUCGGGUUCGGGUUACUUAGACAUCUCGACAAGUCUUCGUCCUUAUCGAAACAUGCCAGAAUGUAACCAAACUGCUCAUUGUCUUGGUUCAGACAAGAAGGGUGAGAGUGAAGGGAGAUUGAUGAGAACAGGGGAGGAGGUCCAUGAGGGUCAUCAAGUUUCAGAAGAUGGUGUUCUUGGUGCUUCCCCUUGCAGAAAAAGAUUGCAGCUCGAAACCAAGAUGGUCCCUUCUUUGCAAUGGAACAAGAAAGCUGUGGAGGAAUCUCGGAAGGACGAUCAAAUCGAAGAUCAAAGACAGAAGAAAACCGAAUCUGAGAGGAACAUGGUUGAAGAUUCCGGUGCAAAGAAACCGACGAAUAAGAAGAACUCGGGGAGCAGAGAACCUCCUAAAGAAAAUUACAUUCUUGUGAGGGCAAGAAGGGGUCGGGCAACUAGUUGUCACAGUCUUGCAGAAAGGGUUAGAAGGGAAAAGAUCAGCAAACGGAUGAGUUUGCUUCAAGAACUCGUCCCCGGAUGCAACAAGAUCACGGGAAAAACAGUCAUGCUCGAUGAAAUCAUCAACUACGUCCAGUCACUACAACAGCAGGUCGAGUUUUUGUCCAUGAAGCUUGCAACUGUGAAUCCAGAACUCAACAUUGACAUAGACAGAAUUCUCGCCAAAGACAUUCUUGGUUCAAGAGACAGAAACAGAUCUAUGUUUCGGUUAAACGCUGUAAUGAAUCCUCUCCCUCCUUUCGGCAUCAUUCAAGGCACAAUACCGAACCUCCUCACAACGAAUCCACAAUUAGAUCCAGCACCACAGGUAAAGGUGAUCAUGGGUCGGGUAUCCGAGUUUUUUGGUAUUUUUCAAAAUAGAUGUCAUAUAUUAGGAGCUGAUUCGGGUCAGAUAUCCAGAUUUUCGGAUUACCAGAUCAACCUGAGAUUUCAGUAAGUUGGUGUUUAAAAUCUUUAAAGCCUAGAGACAGAAAAAUCAUUUUCGGAUUUACUUCACGCUAUAACUUGAGUUCACCUGGUAUAGUGUUCGAGUAUCCGAAAUUCAGAUUUUUUUGGCCCAGCCCUAACCACGGGCAAGCAACAAGCGAAGAAAACCCGGUUUGAUCUCAUGAUUUGUUUUACCUCAUCGUCAGUUAACUAAUCUUGUGCAGACUGAACCAGAAGCUGAAAUACAAAGCCUAUAUCGAAUAGGGUUUGUCUCAAAUUCAUGAAAUUUGGACAGUUUCACUGCAAGUGGUGAGUUAUAAACAUGCUGUUCUUCUCUAUCUUGUUCUUUUGUAAGAUUCAGUAUCUUUUCUUUUUAUCUGAUCGAUGAAAAAGAUGCUUUUUACACUCCAAGGGACCUCUAAUGCAUCUAUGGCAGAGAAUCAAGAUUCUAAAGACAGGAAAAUGUACUUGGGUUUUGUAUAGAUGCUGGUAUUGGUUCACUUAUGUGUUUGUUCUUCAAUGUUUUUGAAGCAGAAAAAAAUGGAAAUGGUUUAAGGUUUAUAAUGAAGUUCCAUUGGAA